AUGCUUACGACACUUCACAUUUGUGUAGUUUAUAGUGGUGAGUAUCCCCGCCUGUCACGCGGGAGACCGGGGUUCGAUUCCCCGCCGGGGAGCCUCUUUAUUCUUUUGUUUCUUUCACUCGUCCCUAUAUCACAUACCCAUCCUAUAACGUAUAGUGGUGAGUAUCCCCGCCUGUCACGCGGGAGACCGGGGUUCGAUUCCCCGCCGGGGAGCCUCUUUAUUCUUUUGUUUCUUUCACUCGUCCCUAUAUCACAUACCCAUCCUAUAACGCUUGCAAAAGAAUUUUUUUAUUUUUUUUAUAAAUAUUAUGAUCGUAGACGAUCGAGAGAAGUUCUCCUCGGUAGUAUAGUGGUGAGUAUCCCCGCCUGUCACGCGGGAGACCGGGGUUCGAUUCCCCGCCGGGGAGCCUCUUUUUCUUUUUUGUUUCUUUCACUCGUCCCUAUAUCACAUACCCAUCCUAUAACGUAUAGUGGUGAGUAUCCCCGCCUGUCACGCGGGAGACCGGGGUUCGAUUCCCCGCCGGGGAGCCUCUUUAUUCUUUUGUUUCUUUCACUCGUCCCUAUAUCACAUACCCAUCCUAUAACGUAUAGUGGUGAGUAUCCCCGCCUGUCACGCGGGAGACCGGGGUUCGAUUCCCCGCCGGGGAGCCUCUUUAUUCUUUUGUUUCUUUCACUCGUCCCUAUAUCACAUACCCAUCCUAUAACGUAUAGUGGUGAGUAUCCCCGCCUGUCACGCGGGAGACCGGGGUUCGAUUCCCCGCCGGGGAGCCUCUUUAUUCUUUUGUUUCUUUCACUCGUCCCUAUAUCACAUACCCAUCCUAUAACGUAUAGUGGUGAGUAUCCCCGCCUGUCACGCGGGAGACCGGGGAGCCUCUUUAUUCUUUUGUUUCUUUCACUCGUCCCUAUAUCACAUACCCAUCCUAUAACGUAUAGUGGUGAGUAUCCCCGCCUGUCACGCGGGAGACCGGGGUUCGAUUCCCCGCCGGGGAGCCUCUUUAUUCUUUUGUUUCUUUCACUCGUCCCUAUAUCACAUACCCAUCCUAUAACGUAUAGUGGUGAGUAUCCCCGCCUGUCACGCGGGAGACCGGGGUUCGAUUCCCCGCCGGGGAGCCUCUUUAUUCUUUUGUUUCUUUCACUCGUCCCUAUAUCACAUACCCAUCCUAUAACGUAUAGUGGUGAGUAUCCCCGCCUGUCACGCGGGAGACCGGGGUUCGAUUCCCCGCCGGGGAGCCUCUUUAUUCUUUUGUUUCUUUCACUCGUCCCUAUAUCACAUACCCAUCCUAUAACGUAUAGUGGUGAGUAUCCCCGCCUGUCACGCGGGAGACCGGGGUUCGAUUCCCCGCCGGGGAGCCUCUUUAUUCUUUUGUUUCUUUCACUCGUCCCUAUAUCACAUACCCAUCCUAUAACGCUUGCAAAAGAAUUUUUUUUUAUAAAUAUUAUGAUCGUAGACGAUCGAGAGAAGUUCUCCUCGGUAUAUAGUGGUGAGUAUCCCCGCCUGUCACGCGGGAGACCGGGGUUCGAUUCCCCGCCGGGGAGCCUCUUUAUUCUUUUGUUUCUUUCACUCGUCCCUAUAUCACAUACCCAUCCUAUAACGUAUAGUGGUGAGUAUCCCCGCCUGUCACGCGGGAGACCGGGGUUCGAUUCCCCGCCGGGGAGCCUCUUUAUUCUUUUGUUUCUUUCACUCGUCCCUAUAUCACAUACCCAUCCUAUAACGUAUAGUGGUGAGUAUCCCCGCCUGUCACGCGGGAGACCGGGGUUCGAUUCCCCGCCGGGGAGCCUCUUUAUUCUUUUGUUUCUUUCACUCGUCCCUAUAUCACAUACCCAUCCUAUAACGUAUAGUGGUGAGUAUCCCCGCCUGUCACGCGGGAGACCGGGGUUCGAUUCCCCGCCGGGGAGCCUCUUUAUUCUUUUGUUUCUUUCACUCGUCCCUAUAUCACAUACCCAUCCUAUAACGGUGGUCCUCGGUAGUAUAGUGGUGAGUAUCCCCGCCUGUCACGCGGGAGACCGGGGUUCGAUUCCCCGCCGGGGAGCAUUUAAAAUGUUUUCUUUCAUUGAUUUUAGCUUGCAAAAGAAUUUUUUUAUUUUUUUUUAUAAAUAUUAUGAUCGUAGACGAUCGAGAGAAGUUCUCCUCGGUAGUAUAGUGGUGAGUAUCCCCGCCUGUCACGCGGGAGACCGGGGUUCGAUUCCCCGCCGGGGAGCCUCUUUAUUCUUUUGUUUCUUUCACUCACGAUCGAGAGAAGUUCUCCUCGGUAGUAUAGUGGUGAGUAUCCCCGCCUGUCACGCGGGAGACCGGGGUUCGAUUCCCCGCCGGGGAGCCUCUUUAUUCUUUUGUUUCUUUCACUCACGAUCGAGAGAAGUUCUCCUCGGUAGUAUAGUGGUGAGUAUCCCCGCCUGUCACGCGGGAGACCGGGGUUCGAUUCCCCGCCGGGGAGCCUCUUUUAUUCUUUUUUUUCUUUCACUCGUCCCUAUAUCACAUACCCAUCCUAUAACGCUUGCAAAAGAAUUUUUUUUUUUUUUAAAAUAUUAUGAUCGUAGACGAUCGAGAGAAGUUCUCCUCGGUAGUAUAGUGGUGAGUAUCCCCGCCUGUCACGCGGGAGACCGGGGUUCGAUUCCCCGCCGGGGAGCCUCUUUUAUUCUUUUGUUUCUUUCACUCGUCCCUAUAUCACAUACCCAUCCUAUAACGUAUAGUGGUGAGUAUCCCCGCCUGUCACGCGGGAGACCGGGGUUCGAUUCCCCGCCGGGGAGCCUCUUUAUUCUUUUGUUUCUUUCACUCGUCCCUAUAUCACAUACCCAUCCUAUAACGGUGGUCCUCGGUAGUAUAGUGGUGAGUAUCCCCGCCUGUCACGCGGGAGACCGGGGUUCGAUUCCCCGCCGGGGAGCAUUUAAAAUGUUUUCUUUCAUUGAUUUUAGCUUGCAAAAGAAUUUUUUUAUUUUUUUUUAUAAAUAUUAUGAUCGUAGACGAUCGAGAGAAGUUCUCCUCGGUAGUAUAGUGGUGAGUAUCCCCGCCUGUCACGCGGGAGACCGGGGUUCGAUUCCCCGCCGGGGAGCCUCUUUAUUCUUUUUUGUUUCUUUCACUCGUCCCUAUAUCACAUACCCAUCCUAUAACGUAUCCCCGCCUGUCACGCGGGAGACCGGGGUUCGAUUCCCCGCCGGGGAGCCUCUUUAUUCUUUUGUUUCUUUCACUCGUCCCUAUAUCACAUACCCAUCCUAUAACGCUUGCAAAAGAAUUUUUUUAUUUUUUUAUAAAUAUUAUGAUCGUAGACGAUCGAGAGAAGUUCUCCUCGGUAGUAUAGUGGUGAGUAUCCCCGCCUGUCACGCGGGAGACCGGGGUUCGAUUCCCCGCCGGGGAGCCUCUUUAUUCUUUUGUUUCUUUCACUCACGAUCGAGAGAAGUUCUCCUCGGUAGUAUAGUGGUGAGUAUCCCCGCCUGUCACGCGGGAGACCGGGGUUCGAUUCCCCCGCCGGAGCCUCUUUAUUCUUUUGUUUCUUUCACUCGUCCCUAUAUCACAUACCCAUCCUAUAACGUAUCCCCGCCUGUCACGCGGGAGACCGGGGUUCGAUUCCCCGCCGGGGAGCCUCUUUAUUCUUUUGUUUCUUUCACUCGUCCCUAUAUCACAUACCCAUCCUAUAACGUAUCCCCGCCUGUCACGCGGGAGACCGGGGUUCGAUUCCCCGCCGGGGAGCCUCUUUAUUCUUUUGUUUCUUUCACUCGUCCCUAUAUCACAUACCCAUCCUAUAACGUAUCCCCGCCUGUCACGCGGGAGACCGGGGUUCGAUUCCCCGCCGGGGAGCCUCUUUGUUCUUUUGUUUCUUUCACUCGUCCCUAUAUCACAUACCCAUCCUAUAACGCUUGCAAAAGAAUUUUUUUUUAUAAAUAUUAUGAUCGUAGACGAGCGAGAGAAGUUCUCGGUAGUAUAGUGGUGAGUAUCCCCGCCUGUCACGCGGGAGACCGGGGUUCGAUUCCCCGCCGGGGAGCCUCUUUUUCUUUUGUUUCUUUCACUCGUCCCUAUAUCACAUACCCAUCCUAUAACGUAUCCCCGCCUGUCACGCGGGAGACCGGGGUUCGAUUCCCCGCCGGGGAGCCUCUUUAUUCUUUUUUGUUUCUUUCACUCGUCCCUAUAUCACAUACCCAUCCUAUAACGUAUAGUGGUGAGUAUCCCCGCCUGUCACGCGGGAGACCGGGGUUCGAUUCCCCGCCGGGGAGCCUCUUUGUUCUUUUGUUUCUUUCACUCGUCCCUAUAUCACAUACCCAUCCUAUAACGUAUAGUGGUGAGUAUCCCCGCCUGUCACGCGGGAGACCGGGGUUCGAUUCCCCGCCGGGGAGCCUCUUUUUUCUUUUGUUUCUUUCACUCGUCCCUAUAUCACAUACCCAUCCUAUAACGCUUGCAAAAGAAUUUUUUAUUUUUUUUUAUAAAUAUUAUGAUCGUAGACGAUCGAGAGAAGUUCUCCUCGGUAGUAUAGUGGUGAGUAUCCCCGCCUGUCACGCGGGAGACCGGGGUUCGAUUCCCCGCCGGGGAGCCUCUUUAUUUCUUUUGUUUCUUUCACUCGUCCCUAUAUCACAUACCCAUCCUAUAACGGGAGCGGUCCUUGUCUCACUCACACUCAUCAAAACACCGACCCGUGAGUUGGGGGCAGGGUUCGAGUGUUACCAACCUUAUCUUUUCCUGACCCCCCUCUUAAAUGUAAAUCUUGGGAAUUAUUUGGAAAGAGUUCAUUUUUGGGGAUAUUUUACGCGGUGGAGCAACGGAUUGAGUAAAACACCUGGACAUGAAAUCGACCCUCAGAAACCAGAGGUGCAUUUGAAGGACUGA